AAGUGUCAUAAUCCUAUUCAAAUGGCGGCAGAUGAUGCGGCGCUCCGAAAUUUCCGAGACUUCCUGAUGAUCUACAACCGGAUGACGGAAGUGUGCUUCAAGGAGUGUGUCAACAACCUCAAUUACAGGGAGCUCACCAGUCAAGAGAGUUCUUGCGUGGAGCACUGCGUAGGCAAGUCCAUCAACGUUAACCAUCGCAUGAUGGCCAUCUACAUGGAGGUACAGCCAGAGAUGAUGAAGCACGCCCUCGAAGCUCAGCAGCAGCAACAGCAGCAGCAGGAACAGCAGAAGCAGCAGCCAGUUGAAACGCAUAGCUAGAACACAUUCUUCCUACAGUUUUGCGCAUUAGCAUAUGUAAAUAAAUGUUUCAUACAU